CUCGCGGGACAAGCCUCUCGAGCUGUAAACCAAUCACAGUGCAUCUCAGCCACGCGAUUACUUUCCAUGUCCCAUCACAAACACUGGCAGUCUGAAGGAGUCCCAAGACGACUUUUCAUUUGAGGUGUACAAUGCUGGUGAUGCAGUCAGUGAGGGGUGCAGUGAAGCAUGCUGGGAGCCAGUGCAGUGUUGCGCGAUUGAUGUCAGCAGUAUGUGGUAUCAGCUCAUCCUCACGACAGUUGGCAGCUUUUGGGAGAACAGCUCCCUCAUCCUGCACUGAUACAGACCACCCUAAAGUCCUCAUCACUGGAGGGCUUGGACAGCUCGGGGUGGGGCUCGCCAAGUUGCUGAGGAGACGAUUUGGAAAAAACAAUGUGAUCCUUUCCGACAUCAGGAAACCCCCCAACCACGUUUACCACAAUGGUCCAUUCAUCUUCUCAGACAUUCUUGACUAUAAGAACCUCAGGGAAAUUGUGGUGAACAACAACAUCAGCUGGCUGGUUCACUAUUCAGCUGUGCUGUCCGCUGUCGGAGAGAACAACGUCGCACUAGCCAAAGAGGUCAACAUCACAGGUCUCCAUAACAUAUUAGACAUCGCAACCGAACAUGGUCUGCGUGUGUUUGUCCCCAGCACGAUCGGUGCCUUCGGUCCGUCCUCACCCAGGGACCCAACCCCCCACCUGUGUGUGCAGAGACCGCGCACCAUCUACGGUGUCUCCAAGGUCCAUGCAGAGCUGAUGGGUGAGUACUACCACCACAGGUACGGGCUGGAUUUCCGCUGCCUCAGGUAUCCAGGAAUCAUCUCAGCUGACUCCCAGCCUGGAGGAGGAACCACAGAUUAUGCUGUCCAGAUCUUCCAUGCAGCUGUGAAAACCGGUUGUUUUCAGUGCAACCUGCGCAGCGACACGCGGCUUCCUAUGAUGUACAUUGAUGACUGUCUCAGGGCCACUUUAGAGUUCUUGGAGGCUUCGGAGGAAACACUUCUCAGCCGCACCUACAACAUCAAUGCUAUGAGCUUCACACCACACGACCUCACCCAGGAGAUACACAAAGUCCUGCCUGACGUCAAGGUCACCUACAAAGUGGAUCCAGUCCUGCAGGCUAUAGCGGACGGCUGGCCAAUGGCAUUCGAUGACAGCGCGGCGAGGCGGGACUGGGGCUGGAAGCAUGAGUACGACCUCUCAGAGUUGGUGCAGACCAUGCUGACCCACAUCACCGUGCAAAACCAGCUCGCACAAGUCUACUGAGCCUUUUGUAGCAAAGCUUUAUUUUGAAAAUACAGUACUGUGCAAAAGUCUU